AUGUCCCAUAGCACACGCCCCCUCAGCAGCAGCGGGGUCGAUCGACGACGGAAUAGCAGCUCUGGAAGCACCAGCACCGCCAUCGGCGCCGCUGGCAGGGAUUUCAACUCUCUCGUCGUGUCUUUUUACAGUCGAUCGUACCCCUCUGCCGAAGUCUUCGCCGAUGACGCUGCGGAGUUUGACCUGGAGGCCAUCCACGAGGCUGUCACGGAGCUUGCAAACGAGGUGUCAGCACUGCAAGAGGAAACGCAGGUACUUGGUGCCCAUGUGCAGACACUGCAGCAGCGGCGUCCGGGCGGUGGCCCCGGUGUGAAUAUCCUCAACGCCUCAGCAUCCACUGCCAUUCAACUCGAUGCAACCGACACUGGCGGCUCAGGUGCGCUUUCGUCGGCCGUUGAUGCCACUGUUGCCCUCCUUGGCGGCGACUACAACAUUUCCUCGGAGACUCAAGGCACAUCUGGCGGCGGCGCUGCCGAGACUGUCGGCGGCGCGAGCGGGACCGGCCGACGCGGCCUCAGCUACCGUCGCCGCUCGCUCGCUGACGUAGAAGUCUUCAUGCGAGUAGACGACAAGGCCACGCUGCUGCUGCAGGAGAUGGCUCGGCUGCGUGCACAGGAAGAAAAGAUGGCCAAGGAGGCGGAGGGUGUCCAGGAGGUACUCGUUGCCACCGUCGAGGAGGCAAGUCGACGUCAGCAGGAGCUCCGUCUGGAGGUGCUGCAGUUUGAGCGAGAAGUGAUACGGAGUGGGGGCGCAGAGGACGACAUGGCUGAAGCCGCUGGCAUCACUGCCACCGCGCAUCGACGCAGCCCCGUUCGGGAGGCGAAGGGGUUGCCCGUCUCAUCAGCGGCUGCCGCGACAACCGCAGACGAGCUGCUGCGCUACCUAGAGCGCCGGCACAGCACUCAAGUGAGCUGCCUCGACAAACUGGAGAUGCAGUGCCAGGCGGCGGAGCAAGAUAUUGCGCGAGCACGGCAGCUGGUGCGGCAGCGUCGCAUCGCUGGUGAAGCGUUCCAAGCUGUAGACAUGGAGCAACUGCGCAUCGAGCACAAGCAGUUCAGCGAGCGCAUGGAGGCCAAGAACAAUGAACUGGCGGAGCUAAAGGGCACGUCGACGCGCACCGUCCAGCAGCUGAACCAUCUAAUGGGCCAACUCAACGAACUGGCGGGCGAGCAGACGCGGCUGAAGCGCGAGGCGAAGAGCCGCUUAGAAUACUUGUCGCGCUGUGGGAAGGAAAUUGUGACGGCGACCGCAGAGGCCGCGCAGGCGGAGUCGAAGCAUCUGAUGCUCAAGGCACAGCAGGAGGCCGUCAAGGUACCCAAAAUCGAGGAGUACAUGGCGCAGAAGGCGGAGGAGGUGGAGCUCGAGAAGGCGGUGAAGAACUUGGAGCGCAAGGUCCAGAUCGCCGAAGGACAGGCAGCAGUGGUGCGACAACAGUCGCGUCGGCUACAGACGCAACGCGCUGCUGCCCUUAAAUACGCCAAUGAGAAGCGCCAGAGUCGCACUGCCGCGGCGUUGGGGGCCACAGCCGCAGCCGCAGAGGCAGCGUCAUCACAGCCUGCAGUAGGGGAUGCGCGUAACCUAGUAAUGCAGCGCCGACGACAGCAGGAACAGCAACAGCAGCGGCAAUCGCGGCAACAGGAGAGCACCAGCAAGUGCGACCAAAGUGCUACAACGGUACCGGGCCAGCCGACGGCGGCAGCGGCGACUGCGUCAUUCAUGUAA